UUCCUUUUUUUUUGGUACAUCGGAAAAUGUAAUUGUAAUUUUUUACUUUAAAACUAGUCAUAUGUAUUUUUUGUUCAACGUGGUGAAGAUUCAUUGAUAAUAGCCCAAGUCAGGCCCAAGGUUACAAGAUAGUGUACAUGAGUCUGGGCUCACUGGACAACAGAUUUAAAACAGAAACUUAUGGACUUGGGAUUGGAUUUGAGGGGUUUGGUGGCUCCAUCUCCUGUCAACCAAACUGGUGGAAGGUUGCUCUUGAUGCUGGUGCGUCCUUAAGCCGCACCCUAUUGCAUUAUAGCAUUAUAGCAAUGAUAAUUCAAAGAAAAUAUAACACAUACCUAUUGCUUCAACAUUUCAAGAUUGGUGUAGUCACGGGGUUCUUAGAUGGUGGGGCUUUUUGAGAGACUUCAGGAGCUGAUUGUGAAAAAGCUUCAAUUGAUGAUCUAGGCGCUGAUUUUUGUGGGUUGUGGAAAUGCUUGACCCUUGGCAUGACUGUAUAAACAAAAAGUAAAAACAAAAAAUCAAAAUUGUAAAUUUGUAAUUGACUAAUUGAACAAUUUUACUACACAACUAACAAAUUGGCAAGAAAGCCCUUAAGCAGACAAAGUUUCAAACCCAGCCAGAAGCUCAGAAAAUUGUAAUUGACUAAUUGUAUAUUUCAGAACAAUAAAACAUAAACUAAGAUAACCCAUGUAUUUAUAAUAAGCAGGUUUCAAAAUCCAAAAUUGUAAUUGACUAAUUGUAGAACUAUGAAGCACAUGGUAACUGAGUGAGAGGUUGAAAAGGAAAACCUGUGCAACUGCAAAUUACUAUAUUGCUUGAAGGUCUACCCACAACAGAAUCUAACUGAUGCACUCCCUGGUGUUAAGUAAUAAAUAAUCCAGAAACAAAACACAGUAAUGAUAAGUUGAAAGUGAAGAUUUGGAAGGUCAUAAUCAUCAUCAUAUUAUACUGCAGAGAAAAGCUACUCUAAUCUACUCUACUUACAAUUAGACACAUCCAAUUAACAAACUUCACAAACCACAACAUAUUGAGUACUUGAUUAAGCAAAGAAGCAGAUAACAAAAAUCAUUUUUCCUAAUUUCUCAUCUCACAUAGACUACCUUAAAAGUUAAUCACAUAGAAAAGAGAAUUUGGAAAUAGAUAGAAAGUGUGACACUGAUGAAAUCAGAAUGUAAAUGAAAUCAGAAAUCAGAAACUAAGGCUGAAAUGAACGCUUCUCUGGCUUCAUGAGUAAGAGACCCUGCACUAUCAAAAUAAGCUCUUUCCACAGCUGUAUCUGCUUCUCUCUAGUGCCUCCUACUGGCUGCAAACUGAAAUAACUUCACAAACAAUGACUUCAAAUGUCAACUCAGUAGUGGAAAUAAAAUUUAUCAGUCAAUCGAUAUAGUUUAUUGCAAUUUACCUCAAAGAUUGAAGCCUUGUCUUUUUUUGGUAAUAUUUUUCACAUCAUUAAGUUGAAAUAAACAACCAAGCAUAUUGGAUGAAUAAUUUACCAUUUAACACUUCACCUCACCAAUUAGGCAAUUGCAACCCGUCAUGUCUAUCAUAAAGUCAAGUUCACCAAAAUCACUAAUUAUACAGAAUAAGAAUUGCAAUUCUCUGCAAGGACCCAGAAAAGAAAGGCAGCAAAACAUCCAAAACUGAUACAAAUGCAGGCCAAUACUCUCAUCUACACCAAGCUGAAAUGCAAAAAUUUUGAAACUUGAUUCGUUUUUCUAUUCAUCCACACCAACAGGGACAUUAGAAAAACUUCUUUUAAGUAUCAAAGAGCAUAUUUCUAUUUGUCAGUUGAAUCCUCAGGUAGUAAAUUAGACAUUUAAACAACCCAACCAAAAAAAGUAUGCCAAUGACAACCAACAAAGAAUAGCCUAUACAAUCACCAAACAAGCAACAAUGCAUGCUAGGUUCAAUAUUUUCAAAAAGAACAAAGAUACAUAAAACUUCUUAAAUUAGAAAAAUCAGCUGACAUCUUCCUUCUACUCAAUGAAAAUUUCUCCAUAUUUUAUAAAAGAACUUUUUCUUCUCCAUCAUUAGACGAGAUGAGCAUUUUCCAAUAGAAAUGUGAGUAGUAAAUACUACUCAAAUAGAAGAAAAAAAAUUUAUAAUAUAACCAAAUAAUUAGAAAAACUCAUGCUCAAAGUCCAUGGCAAUGUAAAUGGAAAUAACUGCAGAUGAAAGCUUGAAAGGAUAUAAUCUAGAUGCCACUUAAUAUCAGCCCAACAAGUCAAGAUCUAGGAAGCUGAACUUACUUCUUAUUGAUCGUAUCAAACUCUGCCAAGAGAAGGUCCAUUCCUUUCUUGUCAUUUCUAAGCAGAGGUUUCUUUAACCAUAUAAAGUAUACUGUCAGAAAGUGACAUAAAAGAAAAAACUUCUGUUAAGUAUCAAAGAGCAUAUUUCUAUUUGUCUUUCACAAAUAGCCAACUCAAGUUACAAAAAACUAGAGUAGAGCUACUGGAUCAAAUACAAAACCAUUUAGCAUAAUAUUUCUUUUACUUGAACUUGAUUAACUAUUUCCAAUAUUCUAUAAGUUGCCCAUUGAAAACGGAUGGCUAGAGAUCCACAUUAACAGUGCCCAUGGCCAUUCAAUGUUUCAUGAUAUAAGGUCAUAACUCCAUGCUAAUACCAGACAGGUGAUUCAAGUAUACAUGAGAUAAAACAAACCUCUAAGAGCUAUCCUGGGAAGCAGCACAAUCCCUUACUGCAGACAUGGUUAUCUAUUUUGCAAGUCACAAGAGAAAAUUAUAAGACAUCUAAUUUGAUCACUAGUACAAACUGUUAGUAACUCAGAACAAAUGUCAAUCAUUUUUAGAUUUGUUAGAUAAGGACUUUAAGAAGAAAACAUUUAUAUUAUUAAGGCACACACAGUAUAAUCCUGGCUAGAAAAAUUGGGUACGUAUCAUUAAUCUAGAAAAAUUAAGGCCAGCCACAUUGCGAAGUGACCGUUGAUUGUCCUUAUCCAACAAUGAAGUCAAAGUGGGAGGGACCCUAGUUGAGGGGUCAUUCAUUCCAUCAAACAAUAAAAGAAAACGCGCAUCUUGUUGUGAACAAGAAGCGCCCUAGGACAUGCAGGAGCGUGCUCUCGUGAAAAAUAUUCACACUCGAUCAUUGCCCCCUCUCUCUCUAUAAAACCACAACACGUACAUGGCAGGCACAACGAACUAAUUCACUAGCUACUAGCACAUAAAAAAUCAUGAAGAAGCUCGAUCAUGAUAUUCAAGAACAGGAGGAGGAGCUAACAACACCGCCCAAGCUCUGUCUGCUAGUGACACGGCCGUACACGGCGCCGGAGGCUCCCACGCCGCCGCCUCGUACGGCGGCUUCAGUUCCGUUCCAGUGGGAGGAAGCACCGGGGAAGCCUAGGCCCUGCCACACACGAUCUGAGCCGGCAGGUAGAGGAGGUGGUGUUUCCAGAGCACUGGAGCUCCCUCCGAGGUUGUCGUUCAUGGAGAAUAAUCAUAAUAAGGUUUCCGUUUCCCCGACAACGGUGUUGGAUGGUCCUUACAUUGGACGCGCCGUGUCUUUUACGAUGUCGCACAGGAGCUCCACCAGAGACACCGAGGAGAGUUCCAGUUUUGGGUCUACCAGGUGGUUGAAGAAGAAAAAGAGCAACAGGGUGAAACGUGAGGGUAGUUUUGACUUUUCGAGUUGGAGUGUGGAUGGCACCAGUAAAGUGAAGAUCAUGAGGGUUAGGAGAACAGGAAGCUUCUUGAGUCUCUCUCGUGGAACUUCACAUUUGUGGGCAAACAUUUAUGAAAGCUUUAAGCAAGUGGUCCCAUGGAGGUGCAGGCAAGAAACGCAAGGCAAGCAAAAUUGACGUCGUUUCAUGCAUGUAGUGGCGGAACCAGAAAUUUAAGGAAGCCUAGGCAAAUUUUAUGAUUAAGUCCCUAUAUUUUUUCCUACCUUUCAAAUUUUGCCUAAUCUCUCUUUUUUUUUUGGCCCAAAAACCUACCUGAUCCAAAGAAAAAUAAAAAUAAAAUUUAUUGGAGCCCAGACAUAGGCCCUACCAAGCUAGGCGAUAGUUCCGCCUCUGCAUGCAUGUGAUCGUCGACUUAUCCGCACCUUUACCGUACUAGCUAGCUAGCUACAUAUUUUCAAAGUACAAUACCAUUGCUACUUGUAAAGGAACAGGAGCAAGAAUAUGUGUAGAUGUCAAAAAUAUAAAUUAAUUCCAGUUAUUAUUUGUUCCGUACUAGGGAGAUCUGA